UUAGGCAAUUAAUUUUAAAUUUUUAUUUAAUUAAUUUUAAAAAAAGUUGACCUGGGACAAACAUUACAAACAGUGUAUGGCAUGUCAAAAAAAUUUCCAAUUGAAAAUUUAAUUAUUAAUUUACAAAAUAAAUAUGGUAACUCAAUGUUGUGCAAUUGGCUGUGGUAAAAAACAAUCAAAAGGAACCACAAUACUCAAGGCUUUCCCUAGAGAUCCAGAUCGCCGUCAAAUAUGGGCUACUGCUGCUGGUGUGAGCCAAAUAAAACCAAGCUCAAGGUUAUGUGAGCUCCAUUUUGAUGAAUCUCAAUAUGAACAACACCGUCAGGAUGGCUUAAAAAAAUUAAAACCAAAUGCAGUGCCAACUUUAUUUGGUGAUGUUUUGACAGAUUAUUUGAGUAAAGACCACCAAGAUAAAAGUAACACCAUACAUGAUGCUAGUUGGACUUCAUGUGAAUCACUUAACCAGUUGUCAACAAUGGACUUAGAUGAAUCUUUAUCCAGUUCAUUGCCUAAUGUGAGUGAUGAAAUCAUAGAUGAAUGUACCACUGACAACCCAAUGAGUUUAUCUGAGUUACCAAAGUCUGAUAAUACCAAAUCUGUACCAAGUGAUGAGCAGCAGAUUGAAUUGCCACUUAUAAACUUGGAUAAGGAACAUUCAGUAUCAAUUUUUACUCAUAAUGUUUAUCCUGAUACUUUAAAUAGUGUUUCAUCAAUUCCUGCUGAUGAAUUACAAGCAGAAUUAAUCAACAAAUAUAAUCAAGAAGUUAUUAAAUUGAAUUUAAUGCUUCAAGAUCAACAUCGUCUUCAUCGACAUGAAAUUUCGAGUUUAAGCAAGGAAGUAGAAAGCUUGAAGAAAAUGAAUAUUGGAUUGGAAGGUGAAUUGCGAGUUGAACAAGAAAAAAGAGUAAAGUCAGAACAACAACGAGAAAAAAUUGAAAAUAAAUUAAACAGGCUUUUUAAUGUUUUUGAUAACAGUUCUUUUUUGAAAAAUCUUUUAAUUGAGUUAUCCAACGACAAUGAACGGUACUGGAGCCCACAGUUAGUCAAGUCAGCAGUCCAGUUGCGUUUUGCAAUUGGUUGGAAAGGUUAUCAAUUUAUCCAGAACCAGCUUAAAAUUCCUUUACCUAGUUACUCUACUGUUUGUAGGGCAGUAAGUAAUUUCAAUUUUGAUCCUGGCUUUUUAUCGGAUCUUGUACCUUUGUUAGAAAAAAAAAUGCAAUCACAUACAUCGUCAACCCAAGAUGACUGCAUUUUGUUGCUUGACGAAUUUGAGCUGCAAAAACAAUUGGAGUUUGAACAAGGAGCUAUGUUUCAUGACAUACCACUGGGAAAUCUUACCCGAAAAAAAAAAAAAAAAACUAGAUUAUUAUAAA